UCACGGAGAUGCCGAACGCGGUUACGUUACCCGGCAUGCAGAAGCGGGGGAUCCGGGCUUGGCGACCGAACCCCCCCAUAGAAAGAACAUUUCAGCGAAUGUCUCGCGAAAAUAUCAGAGAACGGGGGAACGAGGUUCGCGAUGGCCAUGUCUCAACAGGAAUCGAGGAUAUCGAACUGCGAUAUGGUGGGACAGAGAAUACAGCUGCCGAGAAGGUGUGUACCCCAAGAUAAGUGGCGGGAGCGGCUUCAAUCUUUCCGGUGGUGUAGACAAUCUCUAUGUGGUGGGUAGGACAGCAUCCGGCCCAAGCCGCGAGCCGGCUGUUUCUCUCCUGUCCUACCUCACACUUGCCAUGGCUCGAGGGGCAGAAUCUCCUCCAUUCACAACAGACUGGUGAUCGAUGUGAUGGUGGUAGAAAGUAACCCAGCCUGUUGGCUUCAAGCCAAUAGGCGCGGAUACAGCGAGCCAGUCGCGAUCUGGACCAACUGGGGACCUGGUUCGGGAUUUAUCAAGGUGCAUCUCGUGCAGGUUGACUUGCCACCUUGAGAUGUACGCCGCUCGAUCGGGACGCUUUGUGAUAGAAGGACGCUACUGAGAAUCACACCCCUCUAGCUGCUUUCUCGACUUGCUGCAGCUAUAGCUCCGCUCUCUGCACUUUCGACAUCAACUGUGCGAGCGGGGUGCCCGAACCACUGGCCAGCGUCAUUCUACCAUCAGUCAACAUCAUGUUGUGUGCUGAGACCACUGUAGGCCACGCGCCCAGAUAUCUAUUACCCCUCGGCCCUUCCUCAAGAGGAAAACCCGUCGCUGCUCCAAAUCCAAUGCUCCCUCAAGCUUUCCCCACAUCGAGGUGAUCGGCGUUUAGCUGGGCGGUCUCGAAACUGCACCUCGAUGCCGUAGCAGUGGGAGGAGGCAACCACGCUUGAUAUUGCGUGCUACUGCGGUUCUUGAUACGGUUCAAGCCCCGUUCUAUUGGACUUGGGUGAGUGGGUAGGGUUGGAUCUGAAGUUGACCGGUCCAGGGCCAUCUCACCGGUUGCAUGACACGGCGUUGUUAGCUGCACCGUAUCCUGGGGUUGUGCCGGUUCGGACUUGAAUCUGAGGCUUGAGGAUCGAGUUGAGCUGGCAGAUAGGGGCCGAGAGGGGAAUCUGAAAAAGGGUGAUUGAUCAUCAGAAUUGGCGUAUGAUGUGUACCUAUGUGUAUCAGAUAGAUUCGCCCUAAGAUGUGGUCUAAUGCAGGGACUUGAGAGGCUUGAGAGCCUAUAUAACAUUCUCCGUGUGUCAUUGUUGCCUCGACUUCACAUUCCUCCAAAGAUAAGUGAGACAACUGCUUGCGACACAAAGCCUCCAGCAGACACACUCUCGGAAGCCCCCACAGACCCUCAAGAGAACAACACCUCAAGAACGCGUCAGAAAGCCACAGAAAAUGGCCUCCCUCCUCCCCAGAACUGCCUCCAGAGCGGCCAGAUCCAUGACCUUGCGACCUGCCACCUCACUCCCCAGAAACAACCCACUUCAUAUCCCCCGUCAGACCACCACCAUCCCCCUUCCCAACACCACCCGACCCUUCUCCUCCUCCACCUCCCUCCAAACCGACCUAACCCAACCCCCUUACUCCCCGCCGUUCAAAGACCUCUUCACCCUCCAAAACCACAUCAUCCUCAUCACCGGCGGCGCCCGCGGCCUAGGCCUAACCCAAGCCGCAGCCCUCCUCUCCGCCGGCGCCAAAGUCCACGCCCUCGACCUCCUCCCCCCAACCCCCGAGUUCCUCUCCGUCCAGCAGUCCUUCCCCUCCGGCGCCCUAACCGCCCACCAAGUCGACGUGCGCGACCAAUCCGCCCUGGCGACCAUCGUCGGCGGCAUCGCAGAAAAGGAAGGGAAAAUCAACGGCCUGGUCGCCGCGGCGGGGAUACAACAAGAGACGCCCGCGCUCGAGUACAAAAAGGAAGAUGUCGACAAGAUGAUGGGGGUGAACGUCACGGGCGUGUUCAUGACCGCGCAGGCGGUGGCGAGGGAGAUGAUUGCACGAAAGCAGAGGGGGAGUUUGGUGCUCGUGGGCAGCAUGAGUGGGACGGUGGCGAAUAGGGGGUUGAUUUGCCCGGCGUAUAACGCCUCCAAGGCUGCGGUCUUGCAGCUUGCGAGAAACCUCGCCGCGGAGUGGGGUGAGCACGGCAUCAGAGUUAACUCGCUUUCGCCCGGGUACAUCGUCACGGCUAUGACGGCAGGCUUGUUCGACGCCUUUCCCGAACGGAGGACCGCCUGGCCGGAUGCCAACAUGUUGAAGCGACUGAGCUAUCCGGAAGAGUACAGAGGCGCGGCCAUCUUUUUGCUCAGCGAGGCAAGCAGCUUUAUGACGGGGGCUGACUUGAGAGUGGACGGAGGGCACUGUGCUUGGUAAACUUGAGCUGGGGGUUGAGUUCAAAGAUGGGUAUCGUAUGGUAUUUGUACAGGAAGAGACGUCCUAUCUCUUCGUUCUUCCUUUGCUUUCUAGUCUUACAAGAGGGUCUGAUAGCUUACGCCGGCAGGAGCAGGACUUGGUAUAAGAAGUUGCUUUCUUGUCCCUUUUUACUUGCUUAUGCUCAUGAGGCGAUGGAGAGAAAGUCCCUUCCGAGCUUAGCCACGACCCCCUUUUUCAGCCCUAGUUGUUUCUCAAUCGCCUGGUCUGACUCGCCCUGUUCACUCAGGACGAAGAUCUUCUUAAUGAUGCCGAUAUCCAAGAGCUCCUUCCCUUGAUGAGUAGACUUGCCCCAGUCCUCCAUCUCCCGCUUUGCCUGUUCCUCUAGCCGCCUGCGGUUCUCCAGCGCUCCAAGAGUAGGGUUGUUCUUCGCCGAGGGAAACAUGGGGCCGGAGAUGGACUGGGAAAUGCCUGAAGCGUCGACUAGCGGCGAUGCUAUUGAGGAGGGGGAGUAUGUUGGGUUAGGCUGGACAGCACCCAUUUGUUUGAGGCGCGAGGCAAAAUCGGUGGAUGGGUAGUCUGAGGGGGUCUUGUCUGGGUUUGCGGAGUAGGAAUCUUGUUUCGAAGAUGGAGAGGAUCGACCGGCGGCUUUGGGUAGGUUGUUAGCACAUAAUGUUGGUUGGAUAUCGGUUGGAAAGGCAGUACUAACACUCAUUCUUUGUGACAGAGGGCCGUGGCGCAAAUUGAGUUGUGGACUUUGGGGGUACAGCCUGUGCUUGCGCUCGAGAUGCUGGAGAUGGCGCUGGUGGUGUUGUUGAUUCUGGAGCUGCAUUUCUCACAGCUGUGAGAGAUGAGGGGGUCGCUGAUCCUGGAGCUCUGGUCGGAAACUUGCGCACAGCAUUCUGUGCUGGUUUGGAGCUUGCGCCGCCCAUUUUGAAGCCGAUAUCUUCAGGAAAAUAUCGUGGUUGGAGAGAGUCAAAGUUCGCAACUUUUCCGUUUUGCGAUUGGCGAUGGGGUGCAACGUCAUUGAUGACAGGAAGAGCUUCAGCCACAGUCUAUUUAGUGCAUGUGGCUGAUUUUUGAGCUCUCGCCACCUCCUUAGGUAAAAAAGGGGCAAUCACCACCAUCAUCACUUUGCAUCCAAAUUAGAUGUGAGCUAG